AUGCCCUCUAGCUACAAACCUUCCCCACUAGGGCCUCAUGGCUCUCCUCGCAGCUCUCCGUUCAGAAGACCAGAAUCUCCAGCAUCACCAUCAGCAGCGCGACAGCCCUCAACCCAAGUGACGCCCUUCGGAUCGCCGACGAAAGCAUCCUUCGCAACCAACAACGGACGCUUUGGCAACCCAACCACACCGACAGACACGGCUGAGAUUCGGACACCUCGAGUACGAACGCCGACUGCCGAGACCACCAUGGUCUCGCCACUGCCCCUCCGGCCAGGUUUGAAGAAGGCGAUAAGCCACGGAAAUGCGCUGUCGCAACUGCAGCCCGCCCAAGUCCGACAACUACGGGAAGGUUUCGAGAUCUUGGAUCGCGACAGUGACGGAGUCAUCAACAGAGAAGACGUAGCGAGCAUGCUAAGCCAGCUAGGCCUUCCGUCCAGCGCAUCCGAUGUAUCACAGUUCUUCCCUCCGUCAGCCGCGCAGACGAUGACGAUGGCCGCCUUCCUCAACUCCCUGGCCACGAUGUUGGCAUCAUUAUCGCCCCAACCCGAGCUCCUCUCUGCAUUCUCUGCAUUCGACGAUGACGACAGCGGCCAGAUCGACCUCGCUGAGCUGCGAGAUGCACUGCUCCACACGGCGCCGGAACCCGGCGAGCGGCCGUUGACGGAGGCCGAGGUCGAGAAGGUGAUUGAGGGAUUCACGGGCAGGAGGGCGUUCAACCGCCACAUGCAAGGCGGCUUGGGCAACCGCCGCGAGGUCUUCAGAUAUCAGGACUUUGUCAACUCCAUCAUGGGGACUAACACGGCAUCCGAGGCGGCAUCUGCCGAAGGAUCUGAGGAUUAA